AGUUGAUCCGCUACUUUACCUGUGGACCUGAUGAAGUGCGUGCAUGGACGAUUCGCAAGGGGACAAAGGCAUACCAAGCGGCCGGUGUUAUUCAGCAUGCCGAUUUUUUAUUUUUAUUUUACCUCUUCUCUCACACUUUUAUAGCUCGGACUUUGAGAACAAGUUUGUUUGCGGUGAGAUCAUGACGUAUGAGGACCUCAAGGAACACAGAAGCGAAGCUGCUGUCAAGGCUGCUGGUAAACUGAGACCUUGAUUUCAUGCGGGGGUGGCGUCGUUGCUUAUCUGGUUUUCUUCAUGUAACUGUACAGCAUACCCGACGCUGUGGAGUAAAUGUUCACAAGGUCAUGGUGAUGCAUGCCAAUAUUAAUGUUGAGCCUGG